AUGGAUGCGACGAACAGCUUUCAGCCCGACAGCGGUACAGGGCGAAUUUUCAACGAAACCUUGUCUGAAAAGGUGCCCUCGGGCUUUGAAUCAUCGACUCUACAUUCAAACCAUUUGACUGUUGACACGCAAGCCGGCGCCCUCCGCAACGCACAUGCCGAUUCACCAGCCACAGCACCACGAACACCAGAUCGCCAGCCACACGCAGAGCCUGCCAAAUCGCAGCACUUUACUCUGAGAACGCUGCCCCCUUGGAUUCGAUCGGUUGAAGCGGCUGCAGACGACGGAGAAGAAGCUCAAGCUAGCGACCGCCUAUUACCCUCCGAACCAAACGAUGCACGUGUGGCUCAACAUAAUUAUGCUCCUCAUAUAACCUCCCGGCAAGAAUAUUCUCUCUGGGGAGAGCGGGCUCUUUUCGAUGGAAGCCGGACACCUUCGCAGGCCCGUGAAUCCCGCUGGAAGACAUUUUCGCGCACUAUCCAGUAUCCCCGAGGAUCUGAAGGGGAGAUCAAAGAGGUUACGCCAGAAUGGAUGAACGACAACCUUGGAGAUUACUCGGGGCUAUGGCGAGGCAACCUUCUUGAAGGAGAUAGUCCGGAGUACCCAUUACACAAUCACGGACGCCGAGAAAUCUGGUUCAAACGCUUCCACAGCCAGUUGCUUAGAAGCCCCAUUGUGCCGUUGAUUCUGCGCAUGACAGUUUGGAGCUUCUCACUCUCGGCCCUGGCUCUAGGUGGAUCAAUUCAGCAUAUGGCUAGCAAGGGGGAUCGCAGUGAAGGUCCGUCCGCGCUUAUGGCAAUCAUUGUCGACGCCGUAGCCCUGGUCUACCUCCUCUACAUCACAUUCGAUGAGUAUACGUCGAAGCCACUAGGCCUACGAUCUCCGUCAGCUAAAGCUCGGCUGAUUCUGCUCGACUUGUUCUUCAUUGUCUUCGACUCCGCCAAUCUUAGUCUGGCCUUCGAUUCUUUAUCGAAUGUGACGGGCUCCUGUACCGAGGCAGAUAUCAACUCCAAAAUCAAUCCUCAAAAUAACGCCAUCUGUGGGCGACAAAAGGCCCUCGCGUCUGUUCUCUUGAUUGCUCUCCUCGGCUGGCUCAUGACAUUUGCGCUCAGUGUUCUACGACUUGUCGAGAGAGUGCAGCGGUGA